AGUACGCAUGUUCUGCGCACAAAGGCAGUGGCGUGCGUCGCAGUCUCACUGUUUUCAUGCUGAGGUAGUCGUAGAAGGGAGCGGAGAUACGAACCAUUUGCCCAUGUGUUACCCAAACGCUCAGUUACACAUGCCAUCAUAUUCUGUUACAAAUACUUGAGUGGCGUGGGAGUAGAAAACUCCAUACGGUUAAAGAAACGAAAUGGUCUGUCGCUCGUGGGGCGCGCGCGGUCUCUCCACUUCAGCACUCUGGACAGCGCUCCACCAACUUGGAGACGGCGAAACUUGUUGGAGUUAAAUUCUGGAAUGACGACCUUGGAGAUAAACGACGGUGCAAUCAUGGUGGAUAUUAAGUGUAUAUUAUCUACAGGUGCAUGCAAAACGCAAGUGGACUUUUUCAAGUGAGACAUGGACUUUGCAGAAAUUAUCUUCACGUUGUUCAUUGUUGUGGUCGCAAUUGUCUCGUUGUUGUCGAACUUGCUGGUGCUGCUAUGUUUUGUCCAGAGCACCGAGAUCCGCCGACAGGUACCGGGUAUAUUCAUCAUGAACCUGUCUUUUUGCAACAUACUUAUCACCCUUUUAAACAUGCCAUCGACAUUGGUGGGGAUUGUCAGAAACCACCAGCCUUUUGGGGAUUGCCUUUGCCAUACAGUGAGCUUUCUGGAGACCUUUUUGACUGCGAACACUAUGUUGAGUAUGGCAGCACUCAGUAUAGACCGCUGGAUAGCAGUGGUGUUCCCCUUGAGUUACUCCAGUAAAAUGCGCUACAAGGACGCAGUGAUCAUGAUGUGCUACUCGUGGCUCCACUCCCUCACGUUUUCCCUCAUCGCCCUCCUGUUCUCCUGGGUUGACUAUAGCCACAUUUACGCCUCGUGCACAUUGCAUUUGAGCGAAGAGAGCGACAGGAUCAAGUUUACAAUUUUCACCGUCGUUUUCCACGCCAGUAGUUUCAUGCUCUCCCUGCUGAUCCUGUGCUUCACAUAUUUGAAGGUGCUAAAAGUUGCACGCUUCCACUGCAAGAGGAUUGACGUUAUAACCAUGCAGACGCUGUUCUUGCUGGUGGAUAUUCACCCAUCUGUGAAACAAAGGUGUCUGGUAGAACAAAAGAGAAGGAAACAGAGAGCCACCAAGAAAAUCAGCAUUUUCAUUGGGUCAUUCAUCAUCUGUUUUGCUCCCUAUGUUAUUACGAGGUUGACCGAGCUGCUUCCCUUCGUGGGAAUCAACCGCCACUGGGGAAUUGUCAGUAAGUGCCUGACAUACAGCAAGGCGGCGUCCGACCCCUUUGCCUACUCCCUCCUGCGUCUACAGUACAAGAAGGUCCUGGUUAGCGUUGUCAACCGGUUGCUGCGUCGUGACCUGUACCCCUCAUCUGGCCACAACAGCUCUCUGGACACAGAGAACGACUACUCUCUCCAGAGGAUCAGUUAAUGUCACCAUUAUGGACAUAACAAAUAUACCACAGACAGACAGACCCAAAAUAAAGGUUUCCUCAUGGAAAGAGGGAGGUGAGCGAGAGAAGGAAGAGAGCAAGAGAGAGAGAUUGGAGAAAAGGGGAUUGUAGGAAAUAGGAGAGAGCGAGAGAGAGAGAGGGAGGCUGUGGGAGGGGAAGAGGUGGAUGAGGUGGAUAGAAGGAGACAGCAGAAAAACAGGUGGGGUAGACAGUGGAAGAGAGGGCAAGACGGAUAGACUGCACAGAGAAUGAUCGCGUUCAGGGACAUUUGCUCCAGACGAUACUGAUAAACAAGGGAGUCUGAUGAUCCAUGAUUCUCUGGUAGAACCACACACACACACACACACACACACACACACACACACACACACACACACACACACACACACACACACACACACACACACACACACACACACACACACACACACACACACACACACACACACACACACACACACACACACACGCA